AUGUCUGUGGCUGGAGUGAUUUUUAUAGUUUCGGCCCUGUAUCUGGGCAGCACAGCAGGUGCCAGUCUGGGAGUGGUGUACACUGAAGGGGGCAUGGUGCAAGGGAAGAACCACAGAAUGGGACUGUUCCACUCUGUGGACGUGUUCAAGGGGGUUCCCUUCGCAGACAUCCCAGCGAGGUUCGAAAAGGCCAAACCCCACCCAGGAUGGGACGGUGUUCUGAAAGCCACCAAGUAUCGUGACAGGUGCCUGCAGGUGACACUCAUGCAGUCUGGUUCCCACGGCAGCGAGGACUGCUUGUACCUCAACAUUUUCGUCCCCCAAGGCAGAAAAGUGUCCACUGGGCUGCCCGUGAUGGUGUACCUGUUUGGGGGAGCCUUCCUCCUCGGGGCCUCCAACGACGUCAGCUUCAUGGGCAACUCUCUGUAUGACGGCAAGGAGAUGGCGGACCGGGGCAAAGUCAUCGUGGUGACGGUGAACUACCGCGUGGGCACGCUGGGCUUCCUCAGCACGGGUGACUCCAGACUGCCAGGGAACUACGGGCUGUGGGACCAACACGCGGCGAUCGCCUGGGUGCACAGGAAUCUCCGCUCGUUCGGUGGCGAUGUGGACAACAUCACCGUCUUUGGCCAGUCAGCCGGGUCUGCCAGCGUGAAUUACCAGAUGCUCUCCCCGUACAACCAGGGCCUCUUCCGUCGUGCCAUCUCCCAGUGUGGGGUGGCACUGAGCCCCUGGGCGCUUCAGAGGGACCCACUGGGCAUGGCGCGCAAGAUUGCAGAGAAGGUGGGCUGCAGGCAGCAGGAGAACAUGGCGGCCUGCCUAAAGAUGACUGAUCCCCUGGCCCUUACCACGGCCGGGAAACUGGCCCUGUCGGAGAUGGGCAAAGACCCAGUACUGUACAUGUUAGAGUUGGCUCCAGUGGUGGAUGGAGACUUCAUCCCCGACCACCCCAGCAAGCUCUUCCACAACGCCGCCCAGUUCGACUACAUUGCUGGGACCAACAGCAUGGACGGCCACUUGUUUGCUGGUAUGGACAUCCCCUCCAUCAACCACAAGUACAAGACAACCCACCCGGAGGAGCUUAAGGAGCUGCUGGGCGGCCUGACCAGAGAGAAGGGCACUGCGGCCGCCGAGUCCUCCUUCACCACCUACUCCGAGCCCUGGGGGCCAAACCCGGAGCAGGCCACCAUCAAGAAGACCGCGGUGGACAUCGAGACGGACUUCCUGUUCUUCGUGCCCACGCAGAUCGCCCUGCAGCUGCACGCCAAGCACGCAAAGCAGGCGCGGCGCACGUACUCGUACGUGUUCAACAUGCCCUCGCGCAUGCCCGUCUACCCCAGCUGGAUGGAGGCUGACCACGCGGACGACGUGCAGUACGUCUUCGGCAAGCCCUUCGACACGCCCCUGGGCUACCUCCCUCGCCACCGCACGCUCUCCGGGUACAUGAUCGCCUACUGGACCAACUUCGCCAAGACCGGGAACCCGCACCAAGGAGAGCCAGUCCCGGUCCAGUGGCCCCUCUACUCCACCGAGGGGAACCCGGUCCUGCUGAUCAACAACAAAAUGAAUGCUGAUUCUGUCCAGUACAACAUGAGGUCUCGCUACGUGCAGUACUGGUCAACUACUUACGCCAGCCUCGCCGACCUACAGUAG